UUAACUCAUCAAUGGACGCGUUAAAUAUUGAAAAUGCAGAAUCACUGUACGCAGCAUCUUUAAGGGGAGAUCUCCCAACAGUGACAUCCCUGCUGGAACUCGCUACCACAGUUGAUUGGACGUCAAAAUACUCCGGCAUCACCCCGCUCAUAGCGGCUUCCGCGAAAGGUCACGCCGGAAUCGUCAAAUUGUUGCUCCAAAAGGGCGCAAACGUCGACAAACUGUGCGACUCGCUGGGCUUGAGCGCACUUCAUUGGGCCGUUUUCGGUGGAAGUUUGGAAACUGUGGCCGUGCUGCUCGAGCACGGUGCCACAGUUGAUACGGCUUCACCUGAUAAUGGAAGCACCCCGUUGAUAGCGGCAUCGCUGAGUGGUUACGUCGAAAUCGUGAAAUUGUUACUUGAGAAGGAUGCAAAUUUACACGCAAAGACGAAGAGUGGCGUUACGGCGCUGCACGGUGCUGUGCGGUUGAACUACUCGGAAAUUGUUGAGUUGUUGGUUGAAAAAAGUGAGCAACUGUGAACAUAUUGGAAAUAAACUUUUUGUUUGGAUCCCGAACAAAGAAAAUUCACUGUUUUAAUCAAAACUUGAACAAACCCUAAAAAUGUCUCAUUUCCUAACGGAACCAUAAACUCCCCUCUAUAAAUCUGUAAACUAUAAUUCAUGGCCCCCAACCCCUCCCAAUCCCACAGGAUAACCUUCGCCAGUUUCUAUUGUUCCCUCGCACACUGUAAAGUAAGUUUCCAUGCCGGGUGUUUUUUUUCUCUUCUCCCAUCGUGACGACAUUCGAAAAGAUUGCUGCAACAUUCCAUAAAAUCACGACAACAUGUGCUCACUUCCGGACUGCAGCACGGCCUACUACUGCUCAGUGCCAUACCUUAUUUACGAUGUAAUAUUGUUCUGUUCCGCUCACCACCGCCAUCAACCUGGCCCCAGCCUGCUUUGUUCGACGACGACGACGCGUCCUCCCAAAAGGCAUUUCUUGAGCUUUUGUUCGGUUCAGUGGAGUUGGUUU